CUUUAUAAUUGUCCCUCUUAUCUUUACUAUUCUCGCCCGAUAGAAAGACAUACACCCUUGCGUUGCACCUCGGACCCUUUACCGACAGAUAAACCACACAGCCAACCGGCUUACAUCAAUCCCUCCCUCUGUUAACUACCCCCCGCGAGUCAUCGCAUCCACUCCAUACCCUAGCUACUAACUAGUACUACUCCAACCACCUCAACCCUCACUCCUUCCCUUCCCUUCUUCCUUUUCUCACCCAUAUAUAUACACAUACACAUACAUAUCAACACCCUCCUACCACGACCACCAAUCAAUCAAUCAAUUACCCACCAUGACCGACUCAAUACCACCCACCCCCAAUGGCCUACCCACCACCACAUCAACACCACCACCACCAACAACCUCAACCACAGACACAACCACCACAACCACAUUUCCACCCACAACAACCCCCUCCCUAUCCAGCAUAAUCACCCACUGCCACACCAAAAUCCACACCUUCCUCUCAGAAUCCCACCCAGCCGACUCCCUCCUGGCCAAAGUCCAACUCCAAACCCGCACCUCCCUCAACGUCAUCUCCACCGCCCUCCACCGGUACCCUCUCAACGAGCUCUCCCUCUCCUACAACGGCGGCAAAGACUGUCUCGUGCUCCUCGUCCUCUUCCUCGCCAGCCUCCACCCUCACCCCGCCCCAGAAGACGGCGGCCUCACCUCCAUCCCCGCGAUCUACGCCCUCCCGCCGGACCCCUUCCCAGACGUCGAGGAAUUCGUCCAAUGGUCCGCCCGCGCAUACCAUCUCAACGUACUCAAGUACACGACGGACCCGCCGCGCUCAACAAUCAAAUCCACCUUUGAGGAUUACCUGUUCGUCAACCCGGGAGUGAAAGCGAUUUUUGUCGGCACGAGACGGACGGAUCCCCAUGGUGCUAAAUUGACCCAUUUCGAUCGCACGGAUAGUGGGUGGCCGGAUUUUGUGCGCGUGCAUCCGGUUAUUGAUUGGCAUUAUGCGGAGAUUUGGGCCUUUAUUCGCCAUUUGGGGCUGAGGUAUUGUGGGCUUUAUGAUAGAGGGUAUACGAGUUUGGGGGGUACUGCGGAUACGCAUCCAAAUCCGAAGUUGAGGGUCGAGGUGGAUGGUGAGGAUGCUGGGGAGGGGGUGGAGGAGGGGCGGUAUAGGCCUGCUUAUGAGUUGACGGAGGAUUUGGAGGAGCGGUUGGGACGCAAUUGAUUGUUUGCGGCAGUGUCGAUGUUGGUUUUGGCCGUUGUCUGAGUCGAGGAUACUCGUCGUCCGCUCAAUGCUCCCUUCUCCGUGUAUAGACCUGUUUUGGAGUCAGACCCUAUGUACUCUUUGCCUCCCCUCCUAUACCGAUGUGUUUCCCCGCAUGUCACUCCUGAGCGUUUCACUCUCUUCUCUCGUGUUGCACCAUUACUAUCCGAUAGAUGCAUACACUGGCUGCAUGUCUUCAACUUGUUUGGCUUACAUUCGGCACCGUGAUGGUCGCAGUUGCAUAACGCUUUCCAUUGACAAAUUGUAGACUGCGCUGAUAACUUG